AGCGUAACCUAUUUAGCGUAGCAGAGGCCCAGGUAAAAGGAAGUGGUCCCCCGUGGACGACUAGCCACAAACCGGGACAACAAGCCUGGAUGGCGGCGAAGAUUUAAACGGGGCCGAUUCAGACGCUUUUUAUUCGGGACAAUCAGAAGGAAUUGACUCCGCGGUUUGUGCAGAGCUGCAGGCGUCUGUGUUGCUGCCGCCGUUCGACUCGUGCCGACAGGUCUGUUUCCACCUAAAUAAAGGCAAAUAUCAGGAGUUGAUGAACAGAAAUGUUACCAUGAAGCCCAGAUUGCCCGUUCUCUACUCAUCAACAAACUCAGCUGUUCUCUUGAUCUUCAGUAAAGAGAGGAAGAUGAAAUGAGAUAAGUGGACGUCUGGAGGAGCGCAGCCCCCCCUCACCUCCAGCUCAGCUCAGUGAAGAAUGGCCGGCCUGCAGCUCGUCACCCCUGCUACUUCACCCAUGGGGCCGUUCUUUGGUCUGCCGUGGCAGCAGGAGGCCAUCCACGACAACAUCUACACGCCCAGGAAAUAUCAGGUCGAACUUCUCGAAGCAGCUCUUGAACGCAACACUAUUGUCUGCUUGAACACGGACUCAGGGAAGACCUUCAUUGCAGUACUCCUAACUAAAGAGCUCUCCCACCAAAUCCGAGGGAGCUACCAGGAAAAAGCCAAAAGGACGGUUUUCCUGGUGAAUUCAGUGUCAUCUGUAAUUCAACAAGCGGCUGCGGUCAGGACUCACUCAGACCUCCAGGUGGGAGAGUACUCGGACUGGAAGGUGGCAUCGGCUUGGUCGGAUCAGAGAUGGAGUCAGGAGAUAUCCACGAAUCAGGUGCUGGUGAUGACGUGCCACAUCUUCCUCCAUGUACUGAGGAGUCAGACCUUACCUCUGACUAAAAUCAACCUGGUAGUGUUUGAUGAUUGUCACCUGGCGAUCACAGAGCACCCGUACUGUGACAUCAUGAAGCUGUUUGGGGAGUGUGCUCGUGGACCACGUAUACUGGGCCUCACCGCUUCUAUUCUCAACGGGAAGUGUGACCCAUCAGAACUGGAGCAGAAGAUCCAGAAUCUGGAGAGAAUCCUGAAAAGCAACGCUGAAACGGCAACUGACUUGGUGGUCCUUGACAGGUACACCUCUCAGCCGAGGGAAGUGGUGCUGGACUGCGGUCCGUACGUGGACAGGAGCGGCCUUUCGUCCCGUUUGCAGGCGGAGCUGGAUGAAGCGCUCCUCUUCCUCAACGACUGUAACAUCCCUGUUUCCAGAGAAGACAGAGAUCCCACAUUCAUCUCCAAACAGAUCCUCAGCGACUGCCUGGCUGUGCUGCUGGUUCUGGGUCCGUGGUGUGCAGAUAAGGCUGCGGGUAUAAUGGUGCGCGAGCUGCAGAAGUACAUCAAACACGAGCAGGAGGAGCUCAACAGGAAGUUCCUGCUCUUCACCGACACCAUCCUGCGCAAAGUGCACGCUCUGUGCGAGGAGCACUUCUCCCCCGCCGCCCUGGACCUGAAGUUCGUCACGCCCAAGGUCCUGCGGUUGCUCGAGAUCCUGCACGAGUACAAGCCACUGGAGCGCCAGCAGUUUGAGAGCGUCGAGUGGUACAACAACCGGAACCAGGACAACUACGUGUCGUGGAGCGACUCGGAGGACGAAGACGAGGACGAGGAGGUGGAGGCCAAAGAGAGGCCCGAGGCCAACUUUCCCUCCCCGUUCACCAACAUCCUGUGCGGCAUCAUCUUCGUGGAGAGACGCUACACAGCCGUGGUUCUGAACCGUCUGAUCAAAGAGGCCGGGAAGCAGGACCCGGAGCUGGCCUACAUCAGCAGCAACUUCAUCACCGGCCACAGCAUCGGGAAGAACCAGCCGAGGAACAAGCAGAUGGAGGUGGAGUUCAGGAAGCAGGAGGAGGUCCUCCGAAAGUUCAGAGCUCAUGAAACCAACCUGCUGAUCGCCACCAGCAUCGUGGAAGAAGGCGUGGAUAUUCCAAAAUGUAACCUGGUGGUGCGCUUCGACCUGCCCGCAGAGUACAGGUCCUACGUCCAGUCCAAGGGCAGAGCCCGCGCCCCCGUCUCCAACUACAUCAUGCUGGCCGACUCCGAGAGGACCAGGAGCUUCGAGGAGGAUCUGACCACCUACAAGGCCAUCGAGAAGAUCCUGAGGAACAAGUGCUCCAAGUCCCUGGAGGCGGGAGAGUUUGAAGCGGACCAGAGUCUGGAUGACGACAACCUCCUCCCCCCCUACGUGCUGCGGUCUGAGGAUGGAGGUCCGCGGGUCACCAUCAACACGGCCAUCGGUCACAUCAACAGGUAUUGCGCCCGGCUGCCCAGCGACCCGUUCACGCACCUCGCUCCCAAAUGUAAAACCGUGGAGACGGGAGACGGCCGCUUCCAGUCCACGCUCUUCCUGCCCAUAAACUCUCCCCUGAGAGUUCCCGUCAAGGGUCCCGUCAUGAACUGCGCCCGGCUGGCUGAGAAAGCCGUUGCACUGCUCUGCUGUGAAAAGCUCCAUAAAAUCGGUGAGCUGGACGACCACCUGAUGCCCGUGGGGAAGGAGACGGUGAAGUACGAGGAGGAGCUGGACCUCCACGACGAAGAGGAGACCAACGUCCCGGGUCGGCCCGGCUCCACCAAGAGGAGGCAGUGCUACCCCAAAGCCAUACCCGAGUGUCUGCAGGACAGCUACGCCCUGCCUGAGCAGACCUACUUCCUGUAUGUGAUUGGGAUGGUCCUCACCACGCCCCUCCCCGAUGAGCUGAACUUCCGCAGGAGGAAGCUGUACCCCCCGGAGGACACGACGCGGUGCUUCGGCAUCCUGACCGCCAAACCCAUACCUCGAAUCCCUCAUUUCCCCGUGUACACUCGCUCGGGCGAGGUGACCAUCUCCAUCGAGCUGCAGAAGUCGGGCUUCGCGCUCAGCUCGGCCCAGCUGGACCUCAUCACCCGCAUGCAUCAGUACAUCUUCUCCCACAUCCUCCGCCUGGAGAAACCUGCACUGGAGUUCAAGCCCACGCUGGCUGACUCGGCUUACUGCGUUCUACCUCUGAAUGUUGUUGGAGACUCCGACACUCUGGAUAUGGACUUUAUGUUCAUGGAGGACAUUGAGAAGUCUGAGGCCCGAACAGGCAUUCCCACCACUAAGUACACCAAGCAGAACCCCUUCAUCUUCAAGCUGGAGGACUACCAGGAUGCUGUGAUCAUUCCAAGGUAUCGCAACUUCGACCAGCCUCAUCGUUUCUACGUCGCCGACGUCUACACGGACCUGACGCCGCUCAGCAAGUUCCCGUCGCCGGAGUACGAGACCUUCGCCGAGUACUACAAAACCAAGUACAACCUGGACCUGUCCAACCUGAACCAGCCGCUGCUGGAUGUCGACCACACCUCAUCCAGGCUGAACCUGUUGACUCCUCGACACCUGAACCAGAAGGGGAAAGCUUUGCCUCUGAGCAGCGCGGAGAAGAGGAAGGCCAAGUGGGAGAGUCUGCAGAACAAACAGAUCCUGGUUCCGGAGCUGUGUGCCAUCCACCCCAUUCCCGCCUCCCUGUGGAGGAAAGCCGUGUGUCUGCCCAGCAUCCUGUACCGCCUCCACUGCCUGCUGACGGCUGAGGAGCUGCGAGCCCAGACUGCCACCGAGGCUGGAGUGGGGGUGCAGACCCUCCCCCCUGACUUCAGGUAUCCAAACCUGGACUUUGGCUGGAAGAGAUCCAUCGACAUAAAAACGUUCAGCUCCUGUCCCGAACCCUGCAGCGAAGACGCGGACUGCAAGCACCGGAAUCUCACCUUCCUAGCGCUUCCCAGCAGCCACGAGGCAGACGGGCCCCGCGCGGGGAACCUAACUAACGGCACUAACGACGACCACAGAGACGAGCACCUUCACCAACGUGACAGUUGCCAAGACUGCGACGGCAGCUCCGAAUGGAAACACGACGCUACCUCAGUUGUUGUGCAGGCGCCCCUCAGCUCCAGUCCUCCUCAGCCCAGCCAUGAAUGUACCUCCGGGAGGACCUCACACCACAUGAAUGAAGCUACCUCAGACUGCACUCACACAGCACCUUCCCCCGACCUCACCGCCGGGCCCCAGGCUCUGGACUCCCCCAGGAACCUGGGCCCCAACCCUGGCCUCAUUCUGCAGGCCUUGACUCUGUCCAACGCCAGCGACGGUUUCAACCUGGAGCGCCUCGAGAUGCUCGGGGACUCCUUCCUGAAGCACGCCAUAACCACCUACCUUUUCUGCACCUACCCCGACGCACACGAAGGGAGGCUCAGCUACAUGCGCAGCAAAAAGGUGAGCAACUGUAACCUGUACCGUCUGGGGAAGAAGAAGGGGCUUCCCAGCAGGAUGGUGGUGUCCAUCUUCGACCCUCCCGUUAACUGGCUGCCGCCCGGAUACGUGGUGAACCAGGACAAGAGCGGCUCGGACAGGGUGGACUCGGAGGAGGCGCGAGAGGAGCUGGUGUCCAACGGGAGGUCCGGGAACGACUUCGAGGACGAGGACCGGGACGACGAGGGCGACGAUGACGACGCAGCGGAGGAGGAGGACGAGCUGAUGCUGAAGGACGAGCCGAAGGACGACGUCAACAUGGAGGACGACCUGGAGUACUACAAGGAGCACAUCCGCUUCAUCGACAACAUGCUGCUGGGGUCCGGGGCCUUCGGGAAGAAGAUCUCGCUCGGCAGCUUCGGCCCCUCGCUCAGCCCGGCCCCGGGCUCCUCCCCUUCCGUGGACGCCCCCUAUGACUGGAAGGCCCCCAAGAAGCCCGCCGCUCACUCGCACUGCGGGUCGGCGGCGGAGGAGUUCGACUACAGCUCGUGGGACGCCAUGUGUUACCUGGACCCCAGCAAGGCGGGCGAGGAGGACGACUUCGUGGUGGGUUUCUGGAACCCGUCCGAGGAGAACUGCGGCACCGAGCUCGGCAAGCAGUCCAUCUCCUACGACCUGCACACGGAGCAGUGCAUCGCCGACAAGAGCAUCGCCGACUGCGUGGAGGCUCUGCUCGGCUGCUACCUGACCAGCUGCGGGGAGAGGGCCGCGCAGAUGUUCCUCUGCUCGCUGGGCCUCAAGGUGCUGCCGGUGCAGAGGGGGCCUCGCCUGGCACCGCUGCCCCCCGGCGUCGGGGCCGCGGCCGUGGAGCUGGCGUACGGCUGGCUGAAGAUCCCGCCGCGCUGCAUGCUGAGCCACCCCGACGCAGAGCGCACGCUGCAGCACCUCAUCUCGGGCUUCGAGAACUUCGAGAGGAAGAUCAACUACACGUUCCAGAACAAGGCGUACCUGCUGCAGGCCUUCACCCACGCCUCCUACCAUUACAACACCGUCACAGAUUGUUACCAGCGGCUGGAGUUUCUCGGCGACGCCAUCUUAGACUACCUCAUAACGAAGCACCUUUACGAAGACCCGCGGCAGCACUCGCCCGGCGUGCUGACCGACCUGCGCUCGGCGCUCGUCAACAACACCAUCUUCGCCUCGCUCGCCGUCAAGUACGACUACCACAAGUUCUUCAAGGCCAUCUCCCCCGAGCUGUUCCACGUCAUCGACGACUUCGUGCAGUUCCAGCUGGAGAAGGACGAGAUGCAGGGCAUGGACUCUGAGCUGCGGCGCUCCGAGGAAGACGAGGAGAAGGAGGAGGACAUCGAGGUGCCCAAGGCCAUGGGGGACAUCUUCGAGUCUCUGGCCGGCGCCAUCUACAUGGACAGCAGGAUGUCCCUGGAGACGGUGUGGCAGGUCUACUACCCGAUGAUGAGGCCUCUCAUUGAGAAGUUCUCUGCCAACGUUCCUCGCUCUCCGGUCCGGGAGCUCCUGGAGAUGGAACCAGAAACUGCCAAGUUCAGCCCCGCGGAGCGCACCUACGACGGGAAGGUGCGCGUGACGGUGGAGGUGGUCGGGAAGGGAAAGUUCAAAGGAGUCGGCCGCAGCUACCGGAUCGCCAAGUCGGCGGCGGCCCGCCGAGCCCUGCGCAGCCUCAAAGCCAAUCAACCUCAGGUCCAAACCAACUGAGCUGCCAGCAGCUCGCAGCAUUAGCACCUAGCGGAGAGAGGGCGGGGCGUGGAGACGCCACAGCAGAGCACUCUGAGCUCACAUCCCGUUUUUUGUUGUUGUUGUUUUUUUUUUUUUUUUUUGUUUUCCUUUUUUGUUUGCGCAGACACAAUCUUUCUUUGUGCUUCGUGUGAUCACGAGUGCUUCGUCGUCUCAGCCGAGGAGGUCAGGUUGUGCUGCUGUGUUGGCGAGACGAGCCUCGCGCUCAGCCCCGGAGCCGGAGGGGGAGAUACCACUGCACCUCCCCGGCUCGCCGCCUCCAGCCGCGCUCCUCAUCAGUUUGCACUUAUUCCAUCAGUUUUCCGAACAAUCUUCUCACCUUGACACCAAAAUCCCCUCCUCCCCCCCCAUCGUAGCAAAAGCGACUGAAUAUAUCUGCAAAUACGAACUCCAAUGAAGACGACAGCGUGGCCUCGGCCCCUCGCGUCCUGAGAUAGGAAUCCCGACAUUCCCGGUUACUGUAGUCGCUCCCGUGUUGCUGCGGCGACGCUCUGAGGCUGAAUGAUUCCUGAGGAUACCAGCUCCGGAUUAUAUUUCCUCCUGAUUAAUGUUGCUUCCUGCUAAAUGUGGUUGAUAAGCCUUGUUUAUUUUUUUUUGUUUUUUUUUUUUUGUUUUUUACGUGAAUACCUCAGUUAACUGCAUGCAUCUCUCGUCUCUUUUCUGUUUGUUUGGUGCUAUGUUUUUUUUUUUUUUUUUUUUUUUUUUUUUUUGUAUUAAGCUUGAACUUCUCAUCUUUUUGCACUGUAACUACAAUACCUCCUUAUUUGACCUUUUUUGUUGAUCUGUCGCCAUGAGGCCCCGCCCCCUUCUCGCGAGGCGGGGGGGGCGUGGCCGCUCAGCUGUUGUGAUCGGAUCCGUGCAGACGCGUCCGUGUUGCUGCUGCAGACGGGUUCAUCAGGCUGCACCCUCAGAUCCGCGCGGUUUCUACCUCAGCUCCGUGACUCGCCGCAGCCGUGUUUCUCAGUGCCUUCGCCGUGGGGGGUUGGGGAUCCUCCACUUAUCGGCGUUUUUGACGCGACCGGUCUUCACCCCGAGGCUAGGCAGGUUUUGCAGACUGUGCAGUGUACCAGCGCUCAACACACUGACGGGUUAGGGUCGCAAACUUGGAAACGAUAAUCAGCAAAAAGGCUUCAGAAGAUCGGAACGGACCGUCGGGCGGCAGGAAAUCCUCGUUCCCGUGUUUCUGUAGGUUGACAGGAUCUUUGUGGUUGAAAUUUGUGGUUUCUGUAUAUUUAGAAGCAGCAGAGUUGAUAUUUUGCCAACAUCCCGUUUCAGAUCUACAGAUUUUUGCAUACGGUAGAUUUUUUUAAGGCCAACAUUAAAGACGUGUUCCUGCCCUGAGUAAAGCUGCGGCCUACAUGGAGAAUAUUCCCCUUUUGAGUGAGUUUUCCUUUGUUAUUGGGGAAAUCUGCAUAUCGCUGCAGGAAGCCACGUAAGAAAGUUAAGAUAACUGAAGAAGGGAAGGAGAAAUAAGCCUCAGAGUGCGGCGACAGAUCCAUCUGACCGCAGAACCAGCAGAACGUGCCUCUGCGUGACUCGGCGUCCUCCUCCCGGCUCUCGUUUCCUUUUCUCGUCGUUGAACAUGUAGCACAAAGAGCUUUGCACUUGGCGCCGUAUUUUACCUCAUGUCAGGGUGGGAGGGGGCGGACCGGACCGCCGGCGUGGCUCAGAACGGUCCCCGCGAGCCGCCGCCUGAACUUACACUGGAAGAAGCUGACCUGCUGCCUUCCAUCAAGCCAAACCACGAAGAACCGUCGACUAUGUCGGGCCUGGUUCUGUUCGGAUGUCGGACCUCCGGUAGAGAGCAAGUUCGGUCUCUCAGACCGUCGGGGUUCCCCGCGGAAACCUUAAGCUCGUUUUUCCACGGAUCGACGAUGGUGUUCUGUUCGGGCCGAGCCUCUGUGAGGACGGAUGUUUCUGAGGAUCCACAGUUGUCUGUUUAGCUUCAGGUGAGCUGAAGCUCUCCAGUGGAUCUCAGGAAGGCGGGUUCCUCUUCCUCCUCCACGCUCCUGUGGAGUACUGGCCUGGUUUUGAUCCCGCUGGCUGAGCCGGGUCGCCGUUUCCAUCUGUGAGCAGUUACAGCCGAGCUCCUUUUCGGUUUUGCCAUCCGUUUAAGGGUCAGCUCCAGGUUUCUUCCUGAUCUGAACGCAUCUGAGGGUUGCUGUUGUUGUGGUUUGGGGCUCCUGCAGAACCUCAGAACCUGGAUGUCUUCAUCAAUCCAACACUAGUCCUGGUUGCUUUUCCCGUCUCUGAGAGGAUCCCAGCUCCCCCAUCAGUGAGUCCUGGACCUCAGUCACUGAGCAAACUCACAUCAGCGCUUCAGUUUAGCAGCUAAGAGCUUUAGAGCUGGUUCACAUGUGGUUUCAGUUGUGAUGUUCUGGAAAAACCCUAACCCAUGAAGCUCCAGCUUCUGUUAGAAUAACACGAGUUGGGUGGUUAGACAGUAUUAACGGUGGAAGGUGCAGAACAUCCGAGCUUCCUGUGUUUGUCCUCAAACUUUCUACCGUGCGUUUUUAGAGUCCUGAGUCCAGGAGGCUGUGCAGAGACGUUCAGUGACUGAGCUCCAGGAGGUGGCAGCGUGGGCCUGUGAAGUGCAGCAGAGCGGUUUGGGUUUGAAAUGCGGAGGCUGAUCUGAGGUCAGUUCUAAGCUCUGAGUGUCUGUGCAGCAGCAGGGUUCUUUGGGGGGGCGGGGGGGAAACGCCAGGAACGUCGAUCUAACAGCGAGCCGCCGUGGUGUACAGCCUGCACCUUAUGGAUCACAGAGACCCUUACCAUGUUGUUUUCUUUGGAUGUUUCUGUCCGUGUAGCUCUGUAUAUCUCCAAUAAAGUCCUGAUCAUCAGCUCA